AUGAAGUGGCCAUGUGUGUUCCUGGUUCUCAUCGCUCUGGGCGGCCGGUGUUUCCGAUGUGUCACCGGUGACCUUGUGACCUCUGACGAACACACAGACAUUGGUCAUGAUGAGGACGUGCACCCCCACUCCCUCCGGGAAGCAGACGGGGAUGUGGUCGACGUUAAUUUCCAAACGAGCCGGGAUGAACCACCAGACACGAGUAUUGAAACAAACUGGGACGAGCUGGACAUAAACCAGGAGGACUAUGAGGACGCAGACUGGCGUCCUCCGAGCGUCCUCCAGGACACACGCCCGGUCCCGUCCCCUGGAGACACACCAGGGAUUCCCGCUGGCGCCCCCGGUGGCAGCAGCACCGACCAGAUCAUCGCUGCUUCGUCCCCUCAGUGCGGCGAGUACAGCGGCCGGCUGACGUCUGCUGGCGAGUGCCGGCUGGUGGCAACGCUGCCCCCUGUGGGCACAUCGCAGGAGCGCUGCCCGGACAUGUUCCGCUGCACGGAGGACGUCUCCUACUGGCUGGACGAGAACCAGGACAGGAAGGACAAGCUGGAGGAGCUGAGAGGGACGAUGUCGGAGCUGCAGGUGGAGCUGAGGAGCCACCGGCUGAGAGUCCAAGCCCUGGAGGAGCAGGAGGAACAACGUGCGUCUCUGAACUCGAGCGUCGAGCAGCGGCUUCGUUCUCUGGAGCUGCGUCACGCUACCUUCCACACGCUGCUGCACGUGCACGCCGCCCUGCUGGACGAGCUGCAGGCGCAGCGCCGCAACCUGUCGGCCGCCGUGCAGCGCUUGGGCCGCAGCCCGGGGUCGAAGGUCAAGGUCGUGAGAACCACCCCCCCGCGCGGCCUGCGAGACACACCAGGUGGACAGCUCCUGUCUCUCUGUCCUUCAGACUGUGCGUCUCUGUAUCACCACGGCGUUCGUCGUUCUGGUGUUUACUCCAUCGUCAUGGCAACCGGCGCCAACCUGCCGGUCUACUGCGACAUGGAGACAGAAGGUGGAGGCUGGACAGUGUUCCAGCGAAGGUUUGACGGCUCGGUCACUUUUAACCGCGGCUGGUCAGAUUACCGCGAAGGCUUCGGUGAUCCUGGAGGAGAACACUGGCUGGGGAACCAGCAGCUGCAUCUUCUGUCCAAUCAGGGUCAGCACAGCCUCCGCGUCGACCUGCAGGACUGGAGCCACGCCCACAGACACGCCCUCUACCACAGCUUCAGGACCGAGGGCGAGGAGAACCGGUACCGCCUCCACGUGUCGGGUUUCACUGGCACGGCGGAGGAUUCGUUCGGCUGGUACCACGACCACCAGGGUUUCAGCACGCCGGACACGGGCAACAUCUGCGCCGAGAUCAGUCACUCGGGCUGGUGGUUCCGCCAAUGUUUCCACGCCAACCUCAACGGCGUCUACUACAAGGGGGGGCGCUACACUCAGAAAGCCCAGAACCUGCUUGGGCCGGACGGCAUCGUGUGGUUCUCCUGGAAGGAUUCAGACUUCUAUUCUCUGAAGGCCGUCGCCAUGAUGAUACGGCCACGCAGCUUCAGGCCGUCCCCCCUGUCGCCAUAG